GGUUUCCCCCCUCAACAUAUAAAGUGUGCAAACAGAUAACCUAAGCCUCAAUGCAAGUGCCGCCCUCUCUUUCUCUUACAGGUGAUUUGAGGUUUUUGUUGUUUCGGUUAAGCAAUCCGCAAAGAUGCAGAACGAAGAGGGUCAAAACAUGGAUCUUUACAUCCCCAGGAAAUGUUCUGCCACCAAUAGGCUCAUCACCUCGAAGGAUCAUGCUUCCGUCCAAAUCAACGUCGGACAUUUGGAUGAGCUUGGCAGAUACACCGGCACAUUCUCCACUUUUGCUCUUUGUGGAUUUGUCCGUGCUCAGGUUUGCUUUUUCCCCACCAGCCUGCUGAUUGUUUUUAUUACUGUUGUAAGGUCAAUGCUUGUUCAUGUUCAUUAUGUAUUGCUGUGAUGCUUGUGGUUGGAU